CAUAAUUAUGUUGUGCAACACGCACAAUGAAGGAGCAACGCGUAGAAAUCUCGCGAGAGAAAUCUAGGGUUACCUUACAGACACGACGUUAGGUACUUUUAUGUUGAAGGAUUAAAGCGGAAGUCGUGUGGUGUGAUGUAACUUGUCAGAUUCCUAAACAAGUAACGGAACCGGGCACAAAGUUGUUUUCUCUAAACCCAAUAACUUAUGGCUGACGCGCUGUGAUUGGAAACGAUUCGUUGUGUGUUGUGUUUGAGAGGAAGAUGAGUUAGUGUAACUUUACCUGGACGCCAAACUUUAUUUCAGUGUGCGUCAUGACUUCAAACACAGGCCGACUGACAGAGGGACAGUCCUGGACCGUUACCAUCCAUGAAACUAACUGAAGAUAAAUGGAGACGGAAUAACACUUCAUAACACGGAGGACAUGAAUUUCGGUGUCCCCGCUAGUUCGCUGCUGCUGCUCCGUGCCUGCGAUGAGGGGGAUUAUGAAACGGCCCGGAGCAUCCUGGAGCCCGGAGCCCCGAAGGAGUCCGGGCGGCAGAGCAGGCUGCGGUCAGAAGCGGGGUCGGAGUGCACCUCCGCCGCGGACAUGUUGUCUCUGGUGCCGGUGGACUGCACGGACGAGGAGGGCAACACCGCCCUGCAGUUUGCCUCGGCCAGCGGGCAUGAAAACCUGGUGCGGUGUUUGCUACGAAAGGGGGCCUCGGUGGACAGCCGCAACAACUACGGCUGGACCCCGCUGAUGCAGGCUGCAAGGUUCGGUCACCUGACUGUUGCCCACAUACUCCUAGAGAAUGGGGCCGAGAUUAACGGACGAAACAGGCUGGGUGCAAGUGUCCUGACUAUGGCUGCUCGUGGGGGACACACCCAUGUAGUGAAACUACUCCUGGAGAGCGGGGCAUACGUCGAUGACUACGAUCAUCUGGCUGUUGCUGCAGAGGCCGUCUCCAAUGGCAACAACAACAACAGCUGCAGCGCGGCUGGUUUUGGAGGUGGUGAAGGUUGUGCAGGAGGAGGUGGCGGCAGAGAAUUCAUGGACAUCACAGCCCUGAUGGUGGCGUCUCAGCACGGCCACGAGGCUGCGGUGCGCCUGCUGCUAGAGUGGGGCUCUGAUGUCAACUUUUCCCAGAAGACCACUGGCUGGGGACCACUGAUGGUGGCCACCCUCAGUGGGAAGGUGGCUGUGGCUCAGCAGCUGGUGGAGCGGGGAGCUGACCCAGACCGGGUCAAUGUACUGUCCAAGACGGCUUUUGAGCUAGCCAUGCAGCUAAAACAGAGAGACGUCAAGGCUUAUCUUGACUCCAUCACUACUGUCCGACCACAGACAGACGACGAGAGAAGAAGACCAGAUGUGUUCAGUGCCCUCAAGUUGGGGAAUUCCCAGCUAGUCAAAGAGAUCUUGGAGGAGGAUCCCACUCAGGUGAAUUCAUCCAAUCAGGAGGGAGCGUCACCUCUCAUGAUGGCAGCAGUGAGCGGUCAGUUAGAGGUGGUGCAGCUGAUGGUGGAGAAGAACGCUGACAUAGACAAACAAGACGGUGUCCACGGUUGGACCGCUUUAAUGCAGGCCACCUAUCAUGGUAAUAAAGAUAUUGUCAAGUACCUGUUGAGUCAAGGGGCUGAUGUCAACCUGCGAGCUAAGAACGGAUACACAGCCUUUGAUUUGGUCAUGCUGCUAAACGACCCAGACACUGAGUUGGUGCGUCUGUUAGCGUCAGUGUGUAUGCAAGUAGAUAAGGAUAAGUCCAAGCGCCGUGGCAGAACUUCACUGACGCGCUCCAAAAGCCGACACUCCCUCAACAACGUCCCUGUGCCACCUGACGACAAAGGAGGCCUUAAGUCCUGGUGGAGCAGGAUGUCUAAUCGAUUCCGGCGGCUCAAGUUGACUCACACUCUGAGACACGGCCUUUCCUCCAAUCGCCUGGCUCCGUUUCCAGACGAUGCUGAACCUUCCUUGGACGCCACAAUGAAGGCAAAUAUGAAGCCCGCUGGAGCGUCUAACGGGGCGCUGGCACCAACCCCUGCCUUGGGAGGGAAUGACAUCAGCACUGCCUGGGCAGUUAAGAGCAAAGAUACUGGUCUUUGCAGGACAUCUUCAGAAAAGGAGGACUUUCUAAUAACCACAAUGCUUAGAAGUGGUGCCCCCCUGACCCGGUUGCCCAAUGACAAGCUGAAAGCAGUGAUCCCUCCCUUCCUCCCUCCGUCCAACUUUGAACCGUGGAACUCAGACCGUUCGCGCCUCCUCAGGGAGGGAAAGAGUGAAGCGCCCCGCCUCCCUAUGCCACCCCAGAGGAAGCUAAACAGCAGUGGAAACUCAGAUAUUACGUCUAUCAGUCGUGUGGUUAGCAGGUCCAUUAAGUUUCCCAGCAUCCCCAAGGGGCCCUCCUCCUCCUCUCCGUCCAACUCUGGUCACUACCACUCCCCCCACUCCUCCGGAGGCUCCAAUGGAGUCGCAGGACUCAACCGGGACUCUCACAACCGUUCAGGGGGCAGUGCAGACAGUGUUCUCUCCCAGAUAGCAGCCCAAAGGAAGAGAGCAGCGGGCCUGAUAGACGUGAAGGCUCAAGCUCCAGAGAAACAGCACAGCCAGACACAGAGCCCACCUCCACUUCCAGCCUCAGCACCUGGCCUGCCGCUGCCUGACAUCAGCCUCCCUGAUAUCCACUCCCACCCCAGCCUGGUGGCCUCCGACAUCCACUCGAGACGGAAGAUAGAGUUGAAUAAGAGACCUCAGUCAGGGAAUUCCUCCACCUCCAAGAGCACGUCGCCCACUCUAACCCCAUCUCCUUCCCCAACGCCCAAGCCUCCUGCUGGGGCAGGAGACUCUCUGUCUUCAGCCUCGUCCCAUCCUCGCUCCAAGAGCAGUGGUGGCUCCAGUAGUGGAACCAUCACAGAUGAAGAUGAGCUGUCAAGUAUCUUGAAGAAACUGUCGCUUGAGAAAUACCAGCCCAUAUUUGAAGAACAGGAGGUGGACAUGGAGGCAUUCCUCACUCUGACAGAUGGAGACCUGAAGGAGCUGGGCAUUAAAACAGACGGACCCAGACAACAGAUCUUGGCUGCCAUAUCAGAGCUCAAUGCUGGGAAGGGCCGAGAAAGGCAGAUCCUUCAAGAGACCAUCCAUAACUUCCAGUCUUCCUUCGGUAGCAGUGCUAGUAACCCAAGACAACCAGGACAACCACGCUCUCCAACUAGUUGGAUGAGACACCAGGUUCGUUCCUCCAACAAGAGGUAACCCAGCAGCGCUGAUGAGCACCACCUUUCCAGGAAGUACACCAAAGGUACUUAAAAUAAGAGUAAAAUGCCAGUGACCUGUAGCCAAGGCACAAAUAAAAUGUCUUCUGGACACCAGUGUCCCAGACCACUAGAGGUGUUGGUGCAAGAGGACGCUGCAGCAAAACGACCAACCAGGCCCUGAUAAACCGCCUGUAUAGGACCCUCCAGGACAACACCGCAUAAAAGUGUUCCUCUUAUGGAUCCUAAAGCAAGGGAGGGUGUCACAGAGCUGGCUGAGUCCAGUCCCCUGCUGCUAUUUUACACGUGAUGUGCGGCAAACGAUGUUUUUUUUGCCAUAGUGAUGAUGCAGUUGCCAUAUCUACUGCUACAGAGUGGAUAAAAGAGCAGGAAGUAGCGAAAGACAAUAAGAUCAAAUACACAGCACAGGGAGAGUGAGAGAGAAAAAAAGAGAUUUUUUAUUUUAACGGAAUGAAUGCAAAAUAAUGUAAAUGUGUUGCAAGAGAGAGAUUAUGAAUAUAACAUGAAUAAAGUAGCCAGAGAGACUGUGACUGAGACUUAAAAGCAGUUGUAAGGACUAAAAGGCUGCACUGAUGAGGAAAGCAAACAGAGGAAGAGAAAGGAACAUUAGCUAAGCAGCAUCCAGUCUACUGGACUGCCUUUACUAGUGUGUUUGUCUUGAAUUUAUGGACCACUAUGUAAACAGAUGAUUUCUAGUCAGGACUGUGCUGACAUGAAUAAAUAAACAUGAUGAUGAUGCAAUAAGUAAAUGUUUUUUUUAACCGUUUAAUAUCUUACUGGAUUUGAGAUGAAAAGACGUUGGCAAAAACAUUUCAGGAGCAUUUUAUGAGCAGUAUAAAUUUUGUUUGAAAGAGGUGCAUUGAGCAAUAGUUUCCACUGGGCCUGUUCUGUGUUUUCCCAUCUGGCUCCACCAUUAAAUGGCCCGUCUGCAUGCAGACAGAGGGAGCGCUACAUCAUUCCCAAAUAUCAGUUGCUUGUAAUCCAUGUCUUAAAUUCAGAGCAUGAGCAGUGUUCAGGAUGUAUCAGGAUCUGUUAAAUAUGAUAUUUGAACUAUAAAUCAUCAACACUGAGAUCAUGUCCUGUUUUGGCUGUAUCUGCAUGUUGUGUACUGUGUGUGAGAAAACAUGUAAAAAAUUAAAAUAUGUGCCUAGAAUUAAAUACUGCAGGAUGAAGUAAGCUGAAUACAAAUUGCAUUCAGUGGUGCCCACUUUUAAUAGUUGGAAAACAAGUUUCAGAUCCAGGUUUGCUGUGUGUAUAAACAAAUAAACCUUCUGUGCCGUC